AUGGAACUGAAAACAUACACAUACAAGCAUCUUCGAGGUGCGGAUCCGAUCGAAGCUGACGUUUACUUCAAGCACGGCGACUCGAGCAGCACGAAGCCUAUCGCCAUCUAUUACCACGGCGGGAAUUUCGUGGUCGGUGACAAGGGCAUGAUCAGCCCUCAGUACAUCAAAGCGCUUCUCGACCUGGGCUUCGGCGCAGUGGUGUCUCCCAACUAUCGGCUAUCUCCGACAAUCUCAGCAUACGACGGAGCAAUCGCAGACUCCAAAGACGCCUUCUCAUGGGCCCAGAACGACUUGCCAGUCAAGCUAGCCAAUGACGCCGGCAUCAUGCUGGAUGGCGAGCGAGUCGUGACUUGGGGCCAUUCUGCGGGAGGAACACUUGCUCUGCUCAUGGCGUCCAUGUCCAAACCUCCUAAGGCCAUUCUUGACUUAUUCGGCCUCAAGUACAUGGAAGACGAGUCUUUCGCCAAGCCUGCAAAGAUACCUCCCAUUGACCUCCCAAAUGUGGAGUUCAGAAACAAGAUAUACGAAGACAAACCACCGCCGACAUCAGCCCCGCCUCCAUUUGGCCCAAAGGGACCUGACGUCUCGACUUACCGCGCUGCGUGGCUCAUGGGCAAGAUAAAGGACGGCACUCUCCUCCAAGAGCUCGUGUCGGACGGUAAAUAUGACAGGGUGGACCCGGCCCGUUUGUUCUCGCCGUCCUUCCCGCCGACUUUCUUUGGGCAUGGAGGGGCUGAUUCGGCGGUGGACGUCAAAUUGGCGAAGAGGGCGCACAAGGCCUUGAAAGCGGACGGGGUGGAUACGCAGCUGGUGGUUGUUGAAGGUGCGGAACAUGGGUUUGACAUCGGAAAGAUGCCCGGGGAUCCAGAAUAUGAGGCUGUGAUCAACGGGUUGAAGUUCCUACGAGCAUACGUAUAA